GCAUCGCGGCAUCGGGGGCGGCCGGCCCAGCCUGGGACUCGGAGCCUGCGUCUUAGGGCCGCUCGGCGGGGGCCGUGGGUGCCUGCGGAGUGCGGGUGGAGGCCGCCUGGCCGGCGUCCCCGGGGGCUGCGGUCUCGGCCAUGAUCGACUCGGUGAAGGUGCGGCGCGACAGCGCGGCGGAUUUCUUCUCGCACUACGAGUACCUGUGCGCGCUGCAGGACUCGGUGCCGCUGCCCGCCGUGCGCGCCUGCCUCCGGGAAGGCGUGCUGGACUUCAACGCGGACCGCCUCCGCGUGGUGGACUGGACGCCGCUCCUCAGCGCCCUCAGGAUCAAUAAAGAUCUGCCCUUGAUCUCCAUCAAGAGCUUCUUCCAGCCCUGGCUUGGGGAAACAGGUUCUGAUAUCAAUAAGGCUUGCAGAAGUCGGGUUCCUGCCAUAAGAUCCAAGGAUGUGACCUUCCAGCUAUGCAAAGCUCUUAAAGGCUGUGUGAGUGCCUCAAGCGUGCUAAGGAAUCUGGAGUUAAAUGGACUAGUCCUGAGAGAGAGAGACUUAACUGUCUUAACAAAGGGAUUGAAUAAGUCGACCACAUUGGUCCACCUGUCGCUUGCCAAUUGUCCAAUUGGAGAUGGAGGCUUAGAAAUAAUUUGCCAAGGAAUAAAGAACUCUGUGGCUCUUAAGACAGUCAACUUCACGGGCUGUAACCUGACAUGGCAGGGGGCAGAUCACCUGGCCAAGAUCUUAAAGUAUCAGUCGAUGAGAAGACAUGAGGAAACCUGGGCUGAGAGCCUCCGCUACAGGAGGCCAGAUCUCGACUGCAUGGCUGGCUUACGGCGCGUCACCCUGAACUGCAACAUGCUCGUUGGGGACCUGGGCGCACGAGCCUUAGCAGACUCCCUCAGUGAGGACUUAUGGCUUAGGGCGCUUGACCUGCAGCAGUGCGGCCUCACCAAUGAAGGAGCCCAGGCGUUACUCGAAGCCCUGGAAACGAACAGGACUCUGGUCGUUCUGGAUGUAAGAAGAAAUCCGCUCAUUGACCAUACUAUGAUGAAAGCAGUUACCAAAAAAGUUCUCCAGAACGGAAGGAGUGCUAAGUCAGAGUACCAAUGGAUAACUUCUCCGUCAGUGAGGGAGCCAGCCAGGACUGCCAGGCAGAAAAAGAGAACUAUAAUUCUAGGAAGUGGCCGAAAAGGAAAAGCUACUAUUAGGAUCGGAUUGACCACAAAGAAACCUGUCAGCAGUGUGAAAAAACACUGCAUGGGUAAGGAAGGUUAUGCCCCGGAACCUCUGCCGCCCGGGGCGCGCGGUUUCCUGCCGUGGCGAACUGCGGAGCGUGCAAACAGGACCAGGGGGUUUCCAUUAAUCAAAACUCGUGAUGUAUCCAAAGAGUUACAGCAACCCAGUUUUCCCGUGACCGUGACAGUAGAGAGUCCUUCAUCUUCAGAAAUCGAAGAGGUUGACGAUUCUUCAGAAAGUGUUCAUGAAGUGCCCGAGAACACCAGUGUGAAACAAGAGGCAUUACAGGAGAAACUGGAGGAGUGCCUGAAGCAGCUAAAGGAAGAAAGAGUAGUAAGGCUGAAAGCUGACCAGCGAGUCAGUGAGCUGGAACAGGAAAAUGCUCAGUUGAGAAAUAUCAAUUUCUCCUUGUCUGAAGCCCUUCACGCGCAGUCACUGACGAACAUGAUCCUGGAUGACGAAGGCGUCUUGGGCAGUAUUGAGAACUCGUUCCGGAAGUUCCAUGCCUUCUUGGAUCUCCUUAAAGAUGCGGGGCUCGGGCAGCUUGCUGCAGUGGCUGGUAUAGAUCAGUCAGAUUUUAAUUUACUAGGUCGUCCGCAGAUGAAUUCUACCAUUAGUAGCCUGCCUAAGGAAGGACAGAAAGCGCUUGAAGAAGAAAAGCCGGAAGAAACGCAGAACGCUGUGGGACAGCUGCAAAACAUCCAAGUUUCUAUUUGUAUGCAGUCAGCUUACAAUGAAGGAACACUAAUGAAGUUUCAGAAAAUUACAGGCGAUGCUAGAAUUCCUGUGCCUCUCGACUCCUUCCGUGUCCCCGGUGCCACGCAGGAGGCCCCAGGAGCUCCCGGCGAGCAGCCCGGAGCCGCAGCCACUGAGCAGCAGCGGGAGUCGUUGGAAGGCUUCAUGGCCAGGACGUGUCCUCCGCUAGCGGAGAUGAUCUCUGGAGUCAGAAGUCACCGGGAAGAGGAGGAAGCGUACAGCAGGCCAUCCUCAGAGAGGACGGCCAGAAAGUACCCCGGCAAGAGACAGGUGGCGAGCGACCAGCAAGCCUGCGCGGACUCUCCUACGAACCGGAAAAACAAAGGCUUUGGAGCAAAUGAUUCUUUGAUUAAUGAACCAAUUAAAAAAGACGUUUCUGGAGGCCUGAUCCGUGCAGUGCUGUGCUGAGUGCUUUGUCUUUCCGGAGUAAAGCAAGAAAAGCCUUUGCCUUCAUGGAACUAAAACUCUGUGAAGAGAGAGGGGACCAGAAAAUCAUGGGAGCGAAUGAAGGCAGUAACUCUGCCCUCUGCUAAGUGUGGAAGCGACACGACCAGAAGCCAGUGGCAGCCACGUGUGUCCCUAGCAGCUUACGGCUCGUGGCAGCACCGUAAGGUAGGUAACGGUUGUGUCCAUUUUAUGGAUGAGGCGUUCGAGGCAACAGGUUAUGUUGAGUAUGCAAAGUUACAUAGCCAUAACAAGGCGGUACAGUUGGGAAAAUAUUAAAAGAUACAGUAGUAGCAACCUUGGAAAACCAGAACAUGAACAAUAUGGAAUUCCUAGAAGAUAGAAAACAGAUUAUCGAAGGGCCAGUUAGCUGGAGAGUGGGACAUAGCCUCCCGAGAGCGGGCUCUUUGGAGUGGGCACUGUAACGCAGGAAACACUGCGGCCGAGGGCACGCUGCGUCCCGGCUGCCUGGAGGAAGUGCAGCUGGGAUGGCCCGCAGCUUCCCGUCUCGUCUGCGCAGGUGCCUCUCACAGGAUCUGAGCACACUGAAGGCCAACUGAAAAUCUGAUUUGGUCGAGGAAAGCAUUUCAAGCCUUAACCUUAGGCUCUCGUGUGUAAAUUCUUGGCCCAUCAAGAACCAUCAAAUAUGAAGACAGUCAAAAACAUAAAAUGAGGCAUGAUUACAUUUAAAGAAACAACCUGCUUAAGGAAUAAUUACGAGAAGAAAUUCUGAAAUGAAUUCAAGUUCCUGAAAUAGUAGCCCUAAGGAAUAGGAUAUCAGGAAAAGAUUUAGUUUCCAGAAAUUAACAUUUUGAGAAAAUAAAAGAUGGGCUAGAUAGCAGAAUGCAUUCAGCUGAGGAUUUAGUUCAUGAAAUUAAAGUUUGAUUGUGGAUCACCGUAGUACGCAAAAUGACAGAACCUAUAAACUACAGAGCAGGCCCUUGUAAUGCCCGUGUCCUAUACCAGUGCGUUGUUUUGAGCCACAGGCGUACGUACCAGUAUAUAGCCACAAAAUUAAAUGUUAGAUUAGGCAAAGGACUGGGAAAAUGCUGUGCAAUACAAGAGCGGUUCUUUUUAUUUGGUUACCGUUUAGUUGACAGGCAUAGUGCCACAGAUGCCGGGCUUGUGUCCACUGAUUCAGUACUCAGAUGUCCACAGGAGCCAGGGCCCAGCUGAACUACAGUCAGCU